AUGGCUCGUCUUUCUUUUGUUUCUCUUCUUUCUCUGUCACUGCUCUUCGGGCAGCAAGCAGUCAGAGCUCAGAAUUACCCAACAGCAGUUACGCUGGACUGUAAAGAGGCGAUGAACAAGCUGAGAAAAGCAGCAGGACUUCCUGCAUUCGAAGAUGCUGUGGGAGACACAUUUGUUCUACCAGCAUACUCGCAUGAAGAGUCUAGGGCGGCACCAGUAGCUGAAACUCUCUGGAAGACGGAGAUAUGCCCCAAAGUCUUAGGAGGCGGAAGGUCCAGGAACGUUACUGAAGCUGUCAAGUUAACUGGCAAUUUUGCCUACUACCCCGUCACAGACGGCAAAAAAGAGUGCAGCGAUGCUGUGGAGUACUGGAAAGGCGGACUUUCUCAGUUCAACGACACAAUUCCCCCAACGUUCCAAGCGUUGAACGACCCCGUUGUGUACAAUGACAGGGCUGUUUCCUUUGUCGCCCUAUACAACCCCAAAACCAGCCCCGUUGUCAGUUGCGUGCUCCUCCAGUGCCCUAAUGCAGGUGUUGGUGGACGCAGGCUUGCGGCAGGCACGACAGACGCUGUCAUUUGCUUGACAAAUCCGGCUCCUUUGGAAGCAAGGUCACAACCAUUCGACGACGAGCAAUGGAAGAAAAUUGUUGACUCUCUAUCUCUCUCUGAGGAAGAGGAAGAGAAGGGCGGAGUUUCUCCAGUCGUCCCUUCAGUAGCCCUCAUCUCUGCGGCGGUCAUCUCCGCUUUCGCUCUCUUUUAG